CUUGGAGAAGAAAGUGUAUCUGUUGAAACGGGAGGUGGAGGCCCUGAGAUCGUCCACAUCUGUGAGCUUCCGAACCAGCCAUUCCACCAGCCCCACUGCCCCUUUGGCUGACAAAUCACAUAAUGUGGAAAAUGUGGGUUUACAGGAGAGGUCAAGGCCAUGCUCUCGAUGUUCCCAGUGUUCCAGUACAGUCAGCAACUCUCCCAAACUGGACAGUCAGUACAAUCUGAAAAGUUUUCUCCCGUCCCCAGCAGUUUCCCGUGAUGCACUUCGCAGGACUUCUCCUAGAUUAUCUCGACAGCCGCCUAAAUUACCUGUUGGUGGAAGUGUGUCAUCUACCAAUGAUGUGGCAGUCUCCACUUGCUCACAAACCAGCAAAAACACCUGUGAACAUGUUCACCUGGACCGCAGGAAGAACUCUCUCCCAGAGAUGACCAGUGAGCCAGACGUUGAGGUGAAAAGGAUCAGUCCCAAGAUAUCCAAGGAAACACAGUGUUGCCUCCCUAUGAGGGGAGACUCCGCCAUAGAGGAACAGUUUAUUGAAACUGUGCGUUUGAAUUCGAAAUUGGCCGAGGAACUGGGAUCUGCUCGAAAAGAAAUUGAAGUUUUGAAAGGACGUCUGAAGGAACUGGAGAUGAACCAGCUUGCAAGAGAAUGCACUCAAGAACAGUACAGGCCUGUCUCUGACUUUGAGGAAACGACUUUCCGAGGAUCACGAGAUGAUUCCCCUGCAAUAGCUCCAGAUCCCUUAUUUAGGUCAAGUAAUGGCAAUAACUGUCAUCGGAGACUGAAAGCUAAUGGGUUUUCUCCUGUGAAAAGCUCUGCAUCUCGAGUUCCUGGCCAGUCAGGCAGUUUGUUGUAUGCAGAACCGCUGUAUGGCUGCAAGUGCAUUGCCUGUGAAGAAGCUAUGGGUGGAGAGAUUCAUGCAGCACUAAGUGCCAGCCUUAAUGAAGAUCUACAGAAAUUUCCCAUCAACUCCAAGGUGCUGGUACAACUGGGAGACCAUGUUGUGACCAACGGAGAGAAGACGGGCCGCAUCCGCUACAUCGGUCACCUUGAUAAAAUUGGACAACCCAACAUGGUUUUUGUUGGUCUGGAGUUGGAUGCCCCAGUGGGACGACAUGAUGGUUUCUUUAACAAAAAGAGGUACUUCUUUUGCCAAAAAGAUCAUGGAAUUUUUCUGCCCCUUCAUGAUAUUAUCUGUAAAGUUCAUUCAAAGGCGGUGAGUUGCAGUGAUGACAGGCAAGAACCACUGACAUCAAAUAUGGAGGAUUUUAUCUCAGGUGUCGAGAUGGCUACUUCCUCACAGGGUAGUGACCUUAGAGAGCAGAUUCUCCUUCAACACUCCAACAUGAACAACGCAGAGCCUCUGAGAAGUGCUGAGGAUCUUGUAUGAUAUCAAUGGUACAGAGGCCUUCAAACUUGACGAAUCCAUCUCAGAUGGAAGAUUUCUACAGUGGAAUUGCUCAUUUGUGUUAUUUUUUGUUGAUUUUAAGCAUGCAGUGGGUAUGGUGAAUCAGAACAUUCAUACUUCCAGAAGGAAGUACAGUGGUCUCCGCCUAAGAACCUUAUCUUUGGAAGAAAGGACAAGUGGGUUCUUAGGUGGAAUUGACGGGGCGCAACUUAACACUUACUCUUUGGCUUCCCUUGUUUAUUCUACGAUGAAAUAAUGACACAUAAGUCACACUGACACCCAAGGGAACAUAAGGUGGUUUGUUUAAAAAAAAUAAAAUCAAACACGUGUUUGUGUGUGCAUGUCUGAGUGAUUUGCAUCGGAAUGGAUGCAAGUGCUGAACCAGAAGCUUCAGAGUGAAACAGCAUCCGUUGCAGCACAGUGUAAGUGAAGGGAGAAAAUGACUUUCGCAAUCCAGGUCUUCCUUGGUCUUCCUCUUACCUUAUACCCUGAUAUCUUUUUAUUGUAUGCUUUACUAGCAAGCUUGAGAGGUGCCAUACGUGUCGGAUGUCCAACCACUUGAUUGUUUGCCACUGAAUGUAUUUGGGGACAAAUGUUGUUCCCACCAUUUCUCUGCACCUGGUGUUUCUUUUAGGAUUUUUACGCAUGCAAAUUACCGAGAAAAAUGUCACAUUGUAUGAGUGGGUUCUUGGGGGACCGGGUUGCUUGGCGGAGAGUUCUUAGGUGGAGACCACUGUUUUUGUGCAACUUCAGCAUUGUGUGAACUAUGAUCAAAUCGGCACUCUCUUUUGUUUCUGAAGAAAACACGGAAGGGACUGCUUGUGUGUUGACAACUCUUUCUGUCCUGCAAUUUGUUAUCUUGAUUCUUCCUAUGCCAAGAUUUAUCAGCAUGCUGUCACAGUAGUGAAAAAAUUUGAGAGAGUUUUUUUAAUUCAAUAAAUGGAACAGAAAGAGUAAAAUAAGAAAAGGUAUCUGUGUAACUUUGUUUCAGUGCGGAGUGAUCAAACAAGACCGUGCAUUAUUGUGCAAAUUUAUUGUAGCAAGAUGGUAACCAAAAGUUCCUAGAUAUUUUGUUUUGAAUGAUGUCCUUCAUCCUGUAAAUUGCCAUGUUUGGAUCUAUGGUAUAAGAAUAUCAUAGUUCUUUGAUAUAUAUUGGAGUUAAAUUUGGAUUAUUUGUGCUUCAUAGAGUGGUUAGGGUGGAAAAAUAUAGAGCUGUGGAAUUGGACAAGAAACUUUUUGUUGCUCUAGGAAAUGCAAAUACCCAGUGCCCAUUAGGGGAUCAGUUCUAUACUACAAACCGAUCUCCCAACUCGCUGCCUCGAAAAACAAAUGUGUUUGUUUUUUAGGCCACGAGUCGGGUGAUCAGUUUGUGCCUUGAGGGUCAUUUUGUGCCCUCAAUCUGGCUAGCCCCGCCAAUCAAACCGAACCGAACCGAUCAUACCAAUGGGCACUUGGUAUAAGGUUACAAAAGUUCCAUCAAGAACCUUUUAGGUUAUGGAUGUUGUUCAUUGUCGUAUUUUUGUUCAUGCAUCGACAUGCAUACACUCUUGAUUGAAUGUACUUUUACACGAUGGUUCACAAACAACUAUAGCAUAACCUUCCAUCCCUAAAAACACCCAAUAAUAUAGCAAAAACACAUAUUUAAGUAAACCCACUCAUGGAUACACCAGAAUACUUGCACACACUCACACACGGACUCUCACUCACACACACACACACACACACACACACACUCACACACACUAAUACACAUAUACACAUACACAUACACUACCGUACGCAUGAACAUAGACUUAUUACACACACACACACACAUCCAUACACAUACACAGACAAUCAAAGAGGUCUUCUUUUCCUUUUAAAAAAAUACCUUUACAACUGAGAUUACUGGCCAGAUUUCUGUAUAGACCUAAUUCCCUGUUGGAUGUGAAUUGAAUACAAAGGUGUGAUAGGUAAGCCCUUUUGAUCACAAUGCUUGUAGUGAUAACAAUACUCAAGACUUUGAACUGAACAAAGUCACAGAUUUAAGUAAUAUUAUGCAAAACUAUAAGGAUAUUGUGCAGAACCAUAUAUAAGGUAAUUUUCGCUGAGCAUUUGUUCAAACAAAACUGCACGGUUUAGUUCAGUAUCUUUCACAAUUCAAUGUACAGUAGUUUUCACCUAAGAUCUCGAUGCUUAGGUGCAUAGAAAAUGCUGGAUCUUAGGCGACAAAACCAAGGGAAGAAUCCAUGGUGACUCAUGUUCAGGCCCACAACCAGUAAAACGGUCUCCCUUCACUCUAAAAUGAACAGACGUUACUCCUGGGAGGGUUUAUGACUUGUGGCAAGUAAAGAGUGGUCAAUCUGUCAUAUUCACUUAUUAUUCUAUGGUGAGUCUUAAGAUCUACACUUAUCCAGUAUCUCCUCUUCUUUUCCUGUCCAAAAUUCAUAGCUUUCCAUCUCUGACCAAUUGCACUAUUGUGUUGUGACCACUUCAAUUAAAAUUCAGUCUGUCUCACAAAUUUGGGAGUAGACAACUGAUGCAAGGGUCAGGGAAGAGUUCCCAGUUUGAUAUGAUCCUGUGUGGAGCAAACUUGUAGUUCUUACCCACCCUGGGUAUAAUGUAAGUUUAGGCGGAGAGCUCAUAUAUAUGCGAAUGUGAAUUCCAUCUGGGGUAAACAUUGUAGCCUACCAUUUCAUAGAGAUUUACAAUGGACGUGAUCACAUUCACUAGAGUGGCUGUUCUGUGACACAAUGGGCAGUUCAAUGAUCUGAUAGCAAAUUUUUACUCUUGACUGACCUUCAGUGCCUGCCCAGAUUUUUGUUCCAUAAAUUAUGAUUUGAAAUGCAGGAUGUUAGCCGAAUGUGGACCGUCAGAGCAGGAUCCUAGGGGUGACAUAUGUGUAGUAAAAAUUCUGUCUUCUUAAAACAGCAGGAUUUUAAGCGAACCGGGAUCGUAAAUGAUGGGAUCUUAGGUGAAGACUACACCAGUAAGGGUGGAGAAUGUCUCCUUUCACAGUUGGACCAUCCAGAUUUUUCUAACAGUAAAAGUUUGCGACAAACUCAGUUCAUGCCAAUCAGGGAAACAAAAAAAAAAUUAUGAUAAUCUUUCAAUAUCACAACUGCCACAAAGCAGUAACAAAGCAAUAAAUGAGACCUUCUAGAUAUGAUUUUGCAAAUAAAGAAGGUAACAGUAUCAAGUGUAAAGGUCGCAACAAAACAGCUCUCCUUGAUAUUUGCAAUGUUAAUAUGUAUAACGUCAACAGCAACUAAUAAUCCUCAUAUGCAGACUUUCGCCAAUUUUCUAAUUUUCUGCGUUAUGAGGGGAAAUGAUGCUGCUUAUGUGACGUCAAAGGUUGCUUUGUACACAUUAUAUCAGAUUCUAGAUAGUAAAAAGCUUGAAGGAAACAGUGGCUCUGGCAAGGCUUCCUCAUAUUCGCCAACAUAUUUUACCAAGUGUCUUUACUGUUUAGAUGUGUUGUUCCGAUGGUGAAAUCGGCUCAGACAUCGCGGGCCUUGGUUAUCAUUUUUUUAAGGGUUUAUUUUUCCUUAACUACACAACCUAUGACUUGCGUGUAGUUCACUGAAAUGUUUUGUCUAGAUGUGCAUAGUCUUAGCUGUUUGAAAAGGCUGGAGAUUUGCCUUCUUUUUGUGUGCUCAUGAAGCUUUUCAUUUUGCCCUUGGAUUUCAUCUGUAUUGUUUAACUUUCUUGAUCUUCAUAUUGUAAUGUUAUCUAAUUAUUUCUGUAGGCUGGCCAUAGAUUUCUCGUCUUUUACAAAAUAUGACCCACACGAUCAAAUGUAUGAUAUGUUAGAGAUCCUUACUAAGCUUCUUCAAUUUCAUAGGGUUCAAUAUAUCGUUGGUGUUGCAAGCAGUCUACUUUAGUCCAUUUUGGUACUUUUUACACUAAAGACAAAAAACUCGUUUUAUUUUUGUUGUCUUGUUCCUAUCAGGAAUAAUGAAAA